AUGGUCAGAAUCGACGUCGAGGAAAAAGGCAAAGAAGAGAUUCGCGAGCACAGUAAUUUCACAUUUUGGAAUCGAACGAGAAUUUGUGUGCUGGUUUUGGGCUUAACUUAUCUGACUUUGGUCCAAAUUAAUUCACUCACAUUUUAAUUUCACAGUUAUUUGUAUGAAAGAUAUUGUUGAAGAACAUGUGUCAACUAACCAAACUGGUGAGUUUUUUUUUGAACUCAAUUGGUAUCUGGGCUAAUAAUUCUUUUUCUGAACCAUAAAAAUUUAAACUUACAGGAACUCACUGGUUCGAUGAUCCUCCGAAAAAGUCAUUUGUAUUCUCUUCAAUGGCAGUUGGUGGCCUAGUUGGACUUACAAUCUCAGUCCCUUUGAUGCAAGUUUUGGGAGUUCGAAAAAUCAUGACAUUUUGCGGUGUUUUCUCAACUCUUGGCAGUCUUUUCUUUCCUUUUGCUGUCAAUUUCAGUUAUUAUGCUGUUCUGGCCUGUCGAUUUUUACAAGGUUUGGGAGUCAGUUUGGUGUUUACAGUUCUUGGAGUUAUCCCGGUUGUUUGGGCACCGAAUAAUGAAUCGAGUUCGUUUUUGGCGAUUUUGUCGUGUGCUUUUCAGGUGGGUAAAAAAGGGAAGAGGGAACGAUGGAGGGAAAAGAAAGUGCACUGUAUUUUGUAGCAGAAGAAAACUAGUUUUUGAAGAGAUUUCGAGUUAGGAGACUUGGUGAAUAAGAGGAAUUCUGUCAUAAAUUCUGAGAAUAAUAUUUUCGCUGAACUUGCAAAAGCUUUUAAAAAAUUAUGAAAUUUUUGAUCUCUAGAAACGUAUUUUUUCCAAGUCUCCUAACUCAAAAAUAGAUAAUAGAUCCUCAAUAAUCAUUUUCAACUGGUUUUUUUCCAGUUGAGUAAUGUGAUUUGUAUGCCGAUUUCUGGAUUUUUGUGUGAAUCUUCUUUGGGUUGGCGAUCGAUUUAUUAUCUAUUUGGAACUUGUACAACAGUCGCUUGUGUGAUGUUCUACUUUUUCUACCUCGACUCCCCAGCAAAACAUCGGUAUUUUUUGAUUGACAAAAUUUUUAUCAAACAAAAAUAUUUUCAGUAAAUGUCUCAAAUCUGGAACUCUCAAAAAUUCAGGAAAACAAAGUUGUUACCAAAAAACGCGAACCAGUUCCAUAUUUAGCAGUUUGCACAGAUAUUUGUGUUCUUUCUGCUUGGCUUUCAAACGUUGGUGGAAAUCUUGGAUUUCUUACCUUGGUUCUUUAUGGACCAACUUAUCUUCGUGAAGUUUUGCAUUUUGAAGUAAAAGGAACUGGUUUUGCAAGUGCUCUUCCAUUUUUACUCUCCGCUUUGUUCAAAUUCAUCGCCGGACAUUUGUCAGAUCGUUGCACAUUUUUAUCGGAGAAAACGAGAUAUAUGAUUUGUGCAUGUUUAUCAAGAGGAGGUUUAGCAAUUGGAUAUUUUGCAAUGGCAACAACAUCAAAUCGAAUUGUUGCACAAAUCGCAUUCACUUUUGCUAUCGCAAUUUCGGGUUUGAAUAUUAUGGGAACUGUUAAAUGCCUUCAACUUCGAUGUCGACAACAUUGUCAUUUUGCUGUUGCUGCAAUUGCUCUUUUGAGUUAUAUCACUCAAUUUGUAACACCAAUUUCAGUUGCAUAUUUGUGUCCAGACAAUACAGUUGAACAGGUAAACAUUGAAUAAAUUUCAAAAAAAAAGUUCCAAAUUCUUUCCAAAAAAAAAUUUUUUUUUCAGUGGGGUCGCUAUUUCUUGAUAAUCUCUGGCAUCGUUUUCUUCACCAGUCUUCCAUUUCCAUUUUUAACAACAGCCGAACCCGCGGAUUAUGUCAAAACGAAAGAAGAGAAAGCCGCUGUUGAAAUUGAAAACUGA